CAUCUAUACUAAUGAACCUUGGAAUGCUAUUAUAUCCAGUGUGUUUAAAUAAAGAAAAUCUAGUAACCUCUGUUACUCCAAACUGUGCCUGUGUGCUUUCAGUGAGUGGCCACUCACAUGACUGGGGGCAGCUGGGAAACUGACAAUAUGGCUAGCUCCAUGUCAGAUUUCAAAAUUGAAAAUAAAAAAAAAAAUCUGUUUGUUCUUUUGAGAAAUGGAUUUCAGUGCAGAAUUCCAUGACAAUAUCCCUUUAAAGUGCCGCUUGGCUAGUUGUGGGCUGGUUUUGUAGCUGGUUUUGAAAAUUAGACCUGGCAACCCUGCCUGCUGUGGUUAUAGUAAGGUGUGUGUAGUAGUAGUGGCCCUUGAGGAGCGCUGCUGGGCCCCUGGAUGGAGCGACACUGCUGCUGCUGCUGCUGGAAAGGCUUUGUCUGUGUCAGACGUUCUUCAUUCUUCUGCAAACAGGCAGCGUCUGAGGAAGGGCAGGGACUCUGCUGCUCAAACCGGUCGGACAGGUAGAGGAGCGCUUGUUGACACCGUUAUAUUGGCAGCACGCAUGCUCGCUCGCUCCUACAGUUCCUGCUGCAUUUUUCUCUUCCACUAUCUUCUUGGCAUUUUGUGGGUACAGAGAGUGGGCGCCCGAAUCCCACUCGGGAUAACUUCGCUUACAUAUCGCUACCUGUGAGGAAUCUGUCCCGACUUGAGUGAGGGCAGAGGGCGGCGAAAGAAAAGUUCAGGAGGAAACCGCAAGGUGAAAAAAAAGUAGUUUAGUCCGCGGCGGGCUCAGCAGCCGGUCACCAGCAGUCAUCAUGCCCAGAGCCUUCCUGGUGAAGCGAAGGAGCCCCCCGCCCGUCAUCCGUAACUGGGACGAACUCCCGGACGAGGAGAGAGCAGAUACCUAUAUCCCAGACACUAUAGACUGUAUCUUGAAGUAUGACACUGAAGAUAGCCUCAGUAACAGCAGCGCUGGGGACCCUGCGGAGGACAGUCCUGAGAGGAGCAGCAGUGACUGUGGGAGCUGUAAUGAUAGCAUCACCAGCACCCCUCAGAGUGGACUUGUCUCUUUGUCUAGAACAGACACCGCAAAUAAAGAAGAUGCGGAGGGACUGGCAUCAGACCCUCGCGAAAAAAGACCAUCGGCCAGAUCCAAAAUUAAGUUUACAACUGGAUCGUGCAGUGAGGAGAUUUACAGCUGUGAGAUCUGUGCUAAAGGCUUCCGUUUACAACGCAUGCUCAAUCGUCACCUCAAAUGUCAUAAUCAAGUGAAAAGGCACCUGUGCACUUUCUGCGGGAAAGGAUUUAAUGAUACUUUUGACCUGAAGAGACACGUGAGGACUCACACAGGCAUCCGCCCAUACAAAUGUGAGAUCUGCAACAAGGCAUUUACUCAGAGGUGUUCUCUGGAAUCUCAUCUCAAGAAAAUCCAUGGGGUGCAGCAGGGUUACGCUUACAAGCAACGCAGGGACAAGCUCUUCGUCUGUGAAGAUUGUGGCUACACUGGACCCUCCCCAGAGGACUUGUACCUACAUGUUUAUGAUAGCCACCCAGGAAGUGCUUUCCUCAAGAAAACCACCAAAAAACUGGCAGCCAUUUUACAAACCAAAAUCACAUCUGUUCUUCAGAUAAGCUCCACAGAAAAGGAAAAGCCGGAGGCAGAGUAAGAAGACAAAUCAGCACUUAGAGAGAUGUUUACAAAGUUUAUGAACUUCCCAUCUUUUUAUUGCCUUUCUUAUUGCUUUUUAAAGUAGGGGAACUUUUUAAAUUAUACAAUGAACUCGCCAUAGCUGGAUAUAUUUUUUCUGCUGCGAUAAAUGAUUUGACCAAAAUAUUCAAAUAUGCAUUUUAAAUAGAAUUAUCUCAUGAAUGUGAUAUGAACGGACCAAUUUUCUAGCUGUGUAUAUAAAUGUAUUUUUGCUUAAAUUGAAGGGAAUCUAUCAUAUGUUUGAAAAAUGCUAGUAGGUACCUUUAUCAAUCAUAUGGAGACAGUUUGCUACAUAAUUCAUUGAAUUUUGUGAUUCCCUGCCAUCCUCUGAUAAAUUUAAACCAGUUAAUGCUUAAAACCUUAAAAAUAAGUGAAUGUAAAAUUGACGAGGGUGCUAUUCUAAGAACUUUUGCAAUGUACAUUCAUUAAUUAUUUCUUUUAAUUCCAAGAUAUUAAAGGUUACAUGUUAAUAUGAAUGAAUUUUGCUACAACAGCGCCACCUUUUGGUCAUUAUAUGACCACUCUGACUGCUGAGUAGUCAAGGAGGUUGUCAGGAGAAAGAAAGUUGCUGCUCUGUUUUUCUGGUUAGGAAAGAUUUGAGAGAGAUUUAGAAUUGUUUUCCUAAGCAGAAAAACAUCAGAGCAGCCUCUUUCUUUCUCCUGACAACUUCCUUGACUACUUGAUGGUCAGACUGGUCAGAAAACGGGCAGCAGGUGGCGCUGUUGCAACAAAAUUUACUGAUGUUAACAGUAAAUGAAUCUUUUAAUAUCCUGGAAUUUAAAAAAUAAAUAAUGAAUGUACAUUGCAAGAGUGCUUAGAAUAGCACCCUCAUCAAU